AUGGCGAACUUAGAGACGGGAACGAGCACUAGCAAUACAUCAGGAGGUGAGUACCAGGUCUUCUUGAGUUUUACAGGGCUUGAUACUUGCCGUACAUUCACAGAUAGCCUCCACCAAGCCUUGGUAGAUGCCGGGAUUAGUGUUUUCACCUAUGACGAAGGGCUUCGAGCAAGUGACAGAAUUAGUGGCAACCUUCUACAAGCGAUCGACAAUUCCAAGCUCUACAUACUCAUCUUCUCCAAAAAUUACGCUUCAAGUGAUCGGUGCCUCAACGAGCUUGCGGAGAUGGUGGAGAAUGCCUCUAAAUAUAAAGAAGAUAGGAAAGAGCAGGUCAUACUACCCAUCUUCUACGACGUGAAACCCGCUGACGUGAAGUUGAAAACCUCGUUGUACAAAGAAGCCAUAUCGAAUUUCAACUCCAAGGAUAUAGAGAGAUGGCGGAAAGCUCUCAAAGAAGUUUGUGGCUACAAGGGAUGGGAGCUGGAGAAAUAUUCAUCCUAUGCGGAACUUAUCCAGGCGGUUGUUCAAGAGGUUAUGGCCAGGCUCGAGACAAGACAGAGACGUGUAACCAGAGAUUUAGUUGGAAUGGAGGAUCGAAUAGCAACCAUAAACAAUUUAUUAGACAUCGACUCUGAUGGUGUGCGGCUAAUUGGAAUCUACGGGAUGGGCGGCAGCGGUAAAACAACACUUGCCAAGAUUAUCUUCAACCAACUAUGUCCUCGCUUUGGGAAAAAUUGCAGCUUUCUUGACGACGUGAGGGAAACAGCAAACACCAAUCGUUUAGAGAAGUUGCAAAAAAAAUUAUUGUUCGAUGUCACUGGAAAGGAAACUUACAUUACAAACGUUGAUCAAGGGACCAAUAGGAUUGAAGAUACAAUUUGCAACAAGAAGGUGCUAAUUGUAUUGGAUGAUGUUGAUGAGGCCUACCAGAUCCAAAAACUAAUUGGAGAGAAAAUUUUCUAUCCUGGUACUAGAAUCCUUGUUACCACUAGGGACAAGAGUGUUCUGAAUAUCGGGGGAUUUAAGUAUGAAUUCAAGGAUUAUGAAAUGAUGGGGUUAAGCAGCAAAGAUGCACUUAAACUUUUUAGUAGGCAUGCCUUCAACGAGGACUCUCCUCCAGAUGACUACUGCACUCUUUCAAAGGGCAUUGUCUAUACUACAAAUGGACUACCUUUAGCUCUUCAAGCAACAGGUUCAUCCCUCUUUUAUAAGAAAAACAAAGAAAUAUGGAAAGAGUGGCUAGAGAAGCUAAAGAAAACACCUCAUAAGGAUGUCUUGGCAAAGCUAAGGAUUAGCUAUGAUGCCUUAGAGGGGUAUGAAAAACAAAUAUUCCUCGAUAUUGCAUGCUUUUUCAUUGGUGAGAAUAAGACUAAUCCAAUGUACAUGUGGAAAGAUUGUAAGUUUUACCCAGUGGGUGCCAUCGAGGUCCUUAUUAACAUAUGCAUGAUAAAGGAGUUAGACGAUAAUAGCCUUUGGAUGCACGAUCAGUUUAGAGAUCUUGGAAGGAAAAUUGCCAAAGAUGAAGGAACCCGAUUGUGGGAUAAAGAUGACAUCAUUCACAAAUUAAAAUCAACAGAGACCAAGGGAAGCGUUGAAGCACUACGUAUGAAACCAAGGGGUUCGUCGAAAGAUCCUAUAAUUGUCACUUCGGAGCAAAUUAAGCAAUUCCCGGAUAUAAGGUUUCUUUCGUUGUGUGAGGUAAACUGCCAAGGUGACUUUAUGGGCUGUCUUUCCAAGUUGAAAUGGAUCAGUUUGGAGAACAAAUAUUCUAUUCCUCCUGGACAUGCCGCUGGCCAUUGUCAACGGCUUGAGGCAACUAAUUCGUGGCAUCUAGAAAACGUGGUUGUGUUGAAUCUUUCUGGGGUUGAUAUCACAGAAGAUGUGUUCCAGAGCCUAAUCAAGGAGGCAAGGAAAUUGAAGGUUCUCACUCUUUGUUAUAAUACGCUGAUACAUGGGAAACCAACUUUUCCCCGGAACUCAAGUUUAGAGAAGUUGACGAUUUCCAAUUUUCUUUCCUUGAAGGAAAUUGAUCGCUCUAUUGGGAAACUGACGAAGCUAACUGACUUGAGUUUUGAGUUAUGUGUCGAAAUUGAAAAAUUGCCUGAACAAAUUGGAGAAUUGCGAGAAUUGCAGCACCUCUCUCUUAGGAGUUGUGAUAGCUUGAGGGAACUCCCCGACUCGGUUUUGAAAUUAACGUCGUUAAUGAAGCUGGAUGUAUGGGGCACGAGAAUUACAAGGUUACCAGAUUCCAUUGAUAGACUAUCAAGCCUGUCAUCUAUCAAUGCAUCAUUCACAUCGAUUGAAAAACUGCCCAGUACAAUGAGCAAACUUCUUUGCCUCCAAACACUGCAUUUGAAUAAUUGCAAUCAGAUACAAGAGCUGCCGGAGCUCCCUAGAAGUUUGACCACUCUACAGUUGACAUCUACUUCGUUGGUGACUGUCCCUAACCUCUCAUACCUUACUAAUCUAGUUGAACUGGCCCUGUCCGAUGGCUCUGAAUCUGUUGCCGAAUCAGAUAUAAUUCAAACUUGCGACUUGCAGUGGAUUGGGAGUUUAUCCAAACUGAGCAAGCUGCAAUUUUGCUUUUCAAAUGUCUGCGUUUCGACUAUGGAGUUGGGUUCCCUUUCUCAGCUGAAAGAACUUAUUCUACAUGGACUAGACGUGCCAGCUUUCAAACAACUUCCAUCAUCAGAGUUGAUGGUUCUAGAGCUCUACGACACUCGAGGGAAACAAAUAUGGCUUCCUCCAUCGGAAAAGGAGACUGCAACCGUUGCAUCAAGUUCGAGAAAAUCGGAAAAAAGCAAGGUGUUACGGCAAAUUGAAAUUAUUUUCAGGGAAGGAUCAUUGGAUGGGUCAGUUCAUCUGCGGAAGGAGCCGGGGUGCAAUGAGCUACAAGCUCCCGAGUUGAUUGAUCAUUGGAGGGGAGACUUCCAUUUCCCAAGCUCCAUAAAUACGCUUCGAAAACUCGUUCUGUGGGGGUGCCCGGGGGUAGAAGAUAUUCAAUUUGUUCCUACGCCGUUGUUAAUAUUGUCUGUUGGAGGGUGCACUUCAUUAAAAAGAUUAGGCGGUUUGUCAAACUUGAAGUACCUGACGGAGUUGACUCUUAACCGGUGCUGGAACCUACAGUGGAGAGGAUUCUUGACCCAUCGAGCUCAAAAAUACCCGAUAAGUGCUCAAUAA